UGGUUGCUACCAGCUUAUCACUGAGGUCUGGUUGCCUUUUCUAGCACAUAUAUAUAUAUAUAUAUAUAUAUUUUUAGAUAAAAACACUAUUUAAGUUAUUAAUUUUUACUUGUUUGGGUUUCUUUCAGAGGUCUGUGCUUGCUAUGCCAGAAAAUGGGAUUGGCUUGUUUCCAGAUGUGGGCGUUUGCAUAUAUAGCAGCACGAACUCCAGGAAGAGGAUCAGUUGGAAAGAAGAAGAAAAAGAAGAAACCCCGGUUGCCUUUGAAUGGUAUAUUUGCUGUUUUGUUGUAUAUCCCUUGAGACAUCUCUCAGAGUUAGUUUGUUGGGAUUUGGGGAAAAUUCCUAGUUGGAAUCUGUACUAUCAAUGUGAUUGGCAGGAGGAAAAUAUGGCUAUAAGCGGGAAGAAGAACGGGGAAUUUAUCACAGGCAGUGAUGUUUCUGAAAUGAAAUACACAAACAAGAUGAAGAAAAUAAUAGAAGAAAAACCAGCUUCAAAUAAUUUUGUGUAGUUGCCCAAGUUGAAUCAUUUAUGCAUUUGUCACCUUUCAUAUAGGUGGUGGAAGAAACUUUGAGACUCACAAACAUUUCACCCUUCCUUUUUCGCUUAGGUGACGGAAGAAGUUGAAUUUCAAG